AUGGCGUUUACAGCCUCUGAUCCGAAAGAAUUUGAUAUGAGCGUCGAGACGGGUAAUAUGUCCUCGGUGGAAAAUAAUCUCCACGCCGAGCAACGGUCUAUUGCACCAACUUCAUCUGAUACCGAUGUGGAGGCAAAAAAGGAUGUUUCGCCUUAUCCGCCACCGAAAACCUUCCCGCACGAAAUCGCCUUUGUUACAGUUGUCUGCGCCGCCCAGCUUAUGACCCAGUCCGGUCUAGCUCUUUCAAUUGCACCAUUAGAAGAGAUUAGUGCCAGUUUCAACAGUACCUCAAGAGAUCUGACCUGGGCUUCAGCAGCGUAUAGUUUGACUGUUGGCACAUUUAUCUUGGUCUCCGGAAGAUUGGGUGAUGUAUAUGGACAUCGCUUGAUCUUUAUCAUUGGAUUCCUGUGGUUUGCGCUUUGGUCAUUGCUGGCUGGUUUCGCAGGAAUUGGCCCUGCAUUGCUUCUUCCUAAUGCAGUCGCAAUUCUGGGAAGGACGUACCCGCCUGGUCAACGGAAGGGUAUGGUGUUCUGUCUAUUCGGAGCUGUGGCACCGGGAGGGUUUAUCUUGGGUGCGACUUUCUCGUCUCUGAUCGCUGAGCGUUUGUGGUGGCCCUGGGCGUACUGGAUCUGUGCUAUCGCAUGUGCCAUUUUUGCCGUGCUUGGGUUCUUGGUUAUUCCUUAUAUGCCACAGGAAAAGCCACGCCCUGAGCUCUCUACUUUCGCUCGAUUGGAUGUUCUUGGUGGUACUCUUGGAGUCUCUGGGUUAAUUUUGAUUAAUUUUGCGUGGAACCAGGCUGCCAUGGUUGGAUGGGCAGUCCCCUAUACAUAUGUGCUACUGAUUGUUGGCCUUGUGAUCGUUGGACUUUUCCUCUAUCUUGAAGGCAAAGCAGCUCACCCACUGCUUCCACGAUCUGUAUUUAAGGGCGAAACAGGCUGGGUUCUUGGUUGCAUAUGCGCUGGGUGGUCAUCUUUUGGUAUUGUGGUGUUUUACUACUACGCUAUUAUGACCAACGUGGAGUCAAAUACUGGACUUCUUGUGACAGCCAAGUGGUCAGGUGCUGCGCUGUCAGGUGCGAUCGCCGCUGUGACUACGGGUGUACUGCUCGCGCGUCUCCCGGCAUGUGUGAUCAUGUUCUUGGCUAUGCUGGCUUUCUCAGCAGGCCAAGCCCUAUUGGCUUCAAUGCCAUUGGGUCAGAUUUACUGGGCUAAUGCUUUCCUUAUCACUAUUCUCACACCCUGGGGAAUGGAUAUGUCCUUCCCGUCUGGCAUCUUGAUCUUGAGCAAUGCUAUGCCAGCGGAAGAUCAAGGCGUGGCCGGCUCCCUUGUGACCACAGUCGUGAAUUACUCUAUCUCAAUGGGAUUGGGUUUUGCCGGGACCGUCGAAACCUACGUCAACGACGAUGGAGAAAAUAUCCUCAAGGGUUACCGAGGAGCGUCGUAUAUGGGAGUGGGUUUCGCGGGGCUGGGUGUCAUUGUCGCCAGCUGCUUCAUGUUUGUGACCUGGAGAGCUUCCAGGGAAAAGUAA